AUGGCAAAUCCUAUAUUCAAUGAAUUCAAGAGACAAGCCUCUUUCUUCCUCAAAGAGAAGAUCAAGACUGCCCGGUUGGUCCUUACCGAUGUUACACCUGCGCAAUUAUUAACAGAAGAAGUAACAGAUGAUAAUCCUUUAAAAACAUCACCGGACGCACGUGCCAUGCGUGUGAUCUCCCAGGCUGCCUUUGAAGUCGAUAACUACUGGCGAAUUGUUGAAGUCCUUCACGGGAGGUUGCUGAAAUUUGAUGAAAAAACUUGGCGAAUCUCGUACAAUGCUGUAAUUUUACUGGAUCAUCUCUUAACUCAUGGACCUCUGAGGAUUGCUGACGAGUUUCAAGGUGAAAAACAAGUGAUUGAAGACAUGACAAACUUUAAGUUUAUUGAUGAAAAAGGAUUCAACUGGGGUUUAAGUGUCAGAAAAUUAUCUGAACGAGUUUUGAAGUUGCUCGAAAAUAUAACAUUCUUAAGAGAAGAAAGAACAAGAUGUCGGAAAGUAACACGAGAUAUCCAAGGUUUUGGUAACUUCAGUCAACCAGUCACAACCUCUUCCACGGACAAGACGAUGAGUUCAAACAAUUACCAGUCAAACAAGAUGCGUGGAAGAAGCUAUUCCAUGGACAUUCGCAAAGACUUCUUGAUGGAGAAAGAUGAUGAGAAAGGAUUAUCAACACAACUCAGUAGCAGUCAUCAUCCUUUCUGCAACACAAAAUAUGAAGCUAAAGCUUCAUUGCUUGCAAUGCUACCAUGA